UUUUCCUGGAGGGGUGUUUGUUCAGAGUGGGUGCAGGGCAGUGUGGAGAGGAGGGGAGGGCGGCAAAGAGAGCCAACUGGGAGAAGUGUGUGUGUUUGUACAAAAAAACUGUGAAAGAUAACCAAUACUGAAACUGUGAGUCAUAAAAGCAACUCAAACUUGUGUAUUUGUUUGUGUACUGUGCUUAUGUUAGUGUUGGUGUAUAUGUAUGACAGAGAAAGAGCGGGAGUGAAAGUGAAUGUGACAGAGGGGGGCUUGGAGCUCAUUGUGAGCAGCAGUGAGUUAAUCUCUUUAGUGGCACACGUCUUAUGUAAAGAGGUGUAAUGGUCUCUGCCCCCUCCUUGCCCCAGGGGACCCCAGGGGACACUGGGGUCCCGUCUCCCAGCAACAUUUGCAUGUCGGUUAUUCCAAAAAAAGAUACGGGGAAAGAAAAAAAAAAAAAAAAAAAAAAAAAAACUCCCAGUGAUGAUAAGAUCCGCCCCCUUUGCAUGGUAGACUCUUGUCUACAGGCAGUCUAUAUAGUAUUCAGCGGUUCACUCAAGGACAAACACAUUCUGACUCGCCACGGAGAGCAUGCGAAGGAGAUUUGAUUCAGAUUUGACAAACGCGGUGUCUGUGGAUUUAUUUGUUCGAAGAGUAAGUGUCAUUCUGUCAUCUAUUCCGGUUUCCCAAAUGGGAAUAAGAAGGAUCUCCACACAAGGCAAUGAGCCCAUCAGACCUUCCUCCAUCAUUAAAAUUCUGUAAUUACACACCUGCCACCACCAAGACCACCACCUGCUUUCUCCAGAUGUCCCAGCAAACAUGGGUAGUGUCAGCAGUUUGAUAUCAGGCCAUAGCCUCCACAGCAAACACUGCAAAGCAUCUGAAAACAAACUCAAAAAGGGGCCACAGUCUAAGAAAACAGGCCGUAGCUUGGAUGGCCUUCUGAAGUAUGGCUUCUCUCAGGACCAUUGCAGCACCAACAACAACUCAAAAGUCAGCUAUCAUUCAGGCAAAAACGACGACUUCUUUUACAUCAAGGUCAGCAACAAGCCCAGAGCUGCUCAACAUAACAUUAAUACAGCUGAAGACAGUCAAGGAAGAACAGCUGAAAUGGACAAUGUGGUGGACAGGAGAGGAGGGCCACCAGAAUUAGUUCCGCAGUCUGGAAAACUAGAAAAGAGUGUAGAGAACGCCUUGAUUCGACCGACCGCCUUUAAACCUGUUCUUCCUCGAAGCAGCAGUUCCUUGGUGGAGACUCAUAACAACUUGAGCACUAUCCUGGGCAAGACGAUUAGUCCUAUAGACAGGCUCAAAGAUCUUCAGGACCCCAAGCUGGAGACAAAUUCUGGUACCUUCUCUGACUCUGGAAGGAACUCUAUGUCCAGCCUGCCCACCCACAGCACCAGUGGUAGCAGCCAGAUGGACAACCUAAGCACUUCAACUAACCACAUGGUGCGCCAAGGAGGCCAAAACAUGGAUACAUCUCAGAUCCCACAGGGGGGUGUAGCAGGAACGAAUGGAAACUCUGCAUCCAGUUGGAUGUGUAGUGGGACUAAUGGACACAGUUGGGCCGAUGGAUUUUGCGAAACAAACAGAAGUAGCGAGUCCACAAACGGCAACACAAGAUCCGUUGGUGUCCUCAGUGAAAGUGUGGCAGCUGCUAUAAGUAUGAACAGAGAAAUAACUGCUGCAGCACUGACAGUCUCGUCCACUGAGCCAAAGACUGAUUUCUCUGGAAACCAAGAGCAGUUUCUGGAACACAGAUUUACAAUUUCAGAGCAAAGCCCAGCAAAACCAUCAGCUUCUGGUGGCUGUGUCCGAUCACCAAUUUCAAUGAAUGAAUCAUUGAUACAGCAGCUGGAGCACAAACUUCUGGAACGUGAAACUGAGCUGGCAGAGUUACAGACGAGUCUUGAGGAGAAGGAGUCAGACACAUGUCAGCUAUUUGAGGAGAAGCAACGCUACUGUGCUGAGGAGAUGGAGGGGUUGAAACAACGCUGUUCUACAAAACUUCGUCAAGUGUCCCAGAGGGCUUUGAAAGCCCAACAGUUAUUGCAACUUCAAGUGAUACAACUUCAACAGGACAAGGAACGUCUGCAGGAGGAAGUGGACCAGCUUAAUCGUGACAGGGACACUGCAGAAAGCAGACUUCGAAUCUAUGAGAGCCAGAGAAAUCUUGUACCUACACUAGAAGAGACUCAGUGGGAGGUGUGCCAGAAGUCAGGUGAAAUUUCCCUGCUAAAGCAGCAACUUAGGGACUCCCAAGCCGAUGUUGGAAACAAACUCAGUGAGAUUGUCAGUCUCAAAGCUUCUCUAAAGGAGUCCAGAUGCAAGAUGGAAGAACUGGAACAGAAGAUCAAGGAGUAUGAGGAAGCUCUUCACCAGCGGUGCGCUGAAGUCGAGGUAUCUAAGAAUGAGUUUCAAAGAAAGAAGAAUGAGGCUGACCUCCUCAGGGAGAAGGUGAACAUGCUGGAAACGGACAUCAAGGGCAUGAAGCAGGACCUAGCAAUGGCCAAAGAGGAGCAACAGCAGCUUAUGACCAUGAGAGCCAAGGUUGAGGAGCAACAGCUGCAACUGAAGAUAAGCCAAGCUCGGAUGGAGGCCUUUGGGGCUAGUCAAGCCAAAUCGAAAGCCCAGGAGGGAACAGGUGCCAGUAAAACACUGCAUCAUAAUGGAGGGUCCGCUGACUUGGAUACCCUACAGAAGGAGGUAGAAAGACUGAGAGGGGAACUGAAGGAAGAGAAGCAAAAGAAACAUAAGAUGAUGAAUAGCUUCCAGCAAGAGAGACAAACAUGGAAUAAAGAGAAAGACAAAGUAAUCAGAUACCAAAAGCAGUUGCAGUACAAUUAUCUGCAGAUGUACAGAAAGAACAAGGAUCUGGAGAAGAUUCUGAGGGAGCUAACGGCUGAGAUGGACAGUCGGACAGAGAUGGACAUGGACAGCCAUAGCUCUGACCUGAACUUUGAUAAAAUUGUAGCCACAGAGAUAUGAGGUCAUAGAGGAUGAAUGUUUUCACAAUUAACCGAAUGGUCUUAAAAGGAUGAAUGUACUAGUGGGCGGAAUUCACAAAGCAAAAUUUAAAGAGAGAAACAACACAGGAGAUUCUAAGAUGGCAGGAGAUACUCGAAACUCAAGAGUAUAACAUCACUUGUACAGAUCACCAAAAGCUUUUCUUCUUUUAGAUCUAUCACUUAAUUGAAAGUAUUAGGAUGUCAGCCAUGUGUAUUCCUAUUAAAGAUGCAGUAAGCGAUUUUGUUUAUUAGAAUGGCACUCAGAAAAUAUCCCUCUGACUUGACAGAUCUCACUGAAUUCAUGUUUCCUAAACUAUCACAUCUGUCUCUGUGGCAGCCAUAAAUUCUGUAAAAUCCAAAUAACUGACCACAGAUUCUUUGUUUAGCCAUUUCAUUCAUGUCGUUCAUUUUCUGCAUUCAUAGGACAGCCCAUAAAUGGGAAGCAGGUGUUUAGAAGUGUGGUAGUUGAAGUGAUUAAUUCAAGUUAAGCACCAUAUUCGGUUUCAUAAGCAAUUAACAGUUGUUAGUUUGUCAUAUAAGAACUAUUAUUUUGCUAUUGUUUAGUUUUUAACAACUCUGGCAACAAUAAGAUAUGCUACUGUCCUCCUUUCUGAUCUCAGAUUACAAUGGUCUCUAUGGGACAACAUUAGGGUGGGGUUAUGGAAAGAGGGGGCAUGUCUAAUUUAGUCAUUAAAUCUGCAGAAGUUCCAGAAUGGCUAACAUUGCUUACAGCACCUUUAAUCUGUGCACAUUCAACCAAAUGCUUUACCUCCUACUUACCCAAUCAAUCCAGUGCUUCUUGCCUAAACCUUAAGCAAUUGUAUUGUCUCACAACAAGGAGACAAAGUGGUGUGAAUGUUUUAAUUGCUGUAAUUGCUAGUUUUGCACUUUCUGUUUUAUAUGACAAGAAUCCUUAUCACCACUGUCUUGCCAGACAGGUUCACAGACACAAUCUGUAUCAUACCGUGAGAUGAUGUCAUGUUGUCUGCAAAUGCACUGUAAACAAAUGUCCAGGUAAAUAUUCCAUUGUUAUUGUACAGUUUAUCAUAUAUAGCACAUAUAAAACUUGUGCUACCAGUACUAUACUCGCAACUUUAAAACCUAGACAGUUUUUGUAAGAAGUUGUAAGUCUGAGGAUCAAAGUAUUGCCACUUUCACUUGGAGACACAACAGAUUUGUACAAGACAACAGGGGUUAAUUAAAACAAAAUAUUUGUACUGCAGGAAUAGAUUUUGAAAUGAAAAUGUUAUGAUUUACUCACUCUUAUGAACCAUAAUAUUACGUUAUCCCCAUUUUAUCUUUUCUUUCAAGAAACAAAAAUAUGUAAGUAGACUAUACUAUUUUACUACUAUAUUAAACAAAAGUUGCUCACUGAUAAUAUUCCUUCUGUAAAAGCUCUCAAAUCUCAAAGUUGCUUUUCUCAAACUUGCCCUCUCAUGUUUGUUCAUGACGUCAAACCUAGCACAAUGCAUCUAAAGGAUGACAUUUUCUUCUAAUUGAAAACAAGCAUGAACGAGAUUUAAAAGAUUUGGAAGAGAAGAUAAUCAGUGAAUAAAGACUUAAAUUUUGGUCUAUUCCUCAAACAAUGACUUCAGAAGACCAAUAAUAUGCUCAUGAGUCAUGUGGACUACUUUUGUUUUUGUUUGUUUUUUUAUCACUAUCCACUGUCUAACCUUCUGUCUAAAGUAAUUCUCAUUUUAUGUUUAAUGGAAGAAGGAAAAUAACACUUGGUUAUAACAAUAAGAGUAAGUACAUGAUAACAAAAUGUUCAUUUUUGGACCAGGUAAAAAUGGGUCUUAAAGUGAAUGGACAACAGUGAUCUAUUUUACUCGGUGGGAGUUUUCUACAAAACAUCUAGCUACAAGAAGCCUGAUAGUGGAGUACACUAUACAGAGAUGAAACAAGGUUUUUUACUACUGCAGAAAAACAGGUGACGAAACAAGAUGGUGAUAACAGAGUAGUGUGUCCUCCUUUGCAGCACUUAAACUGAAAAGAAAAAAAAAAAACAGAUGUAAUACAAUACUAUAUUUAACGGUUCACAGGACAACAUUUCCUAGCAAUGUUCCUUAAAUGGCAAACAGAAAGAGUGAGGUGGCCAGCACUAAGAUGGUUUCGAUUUUUCAUUGCACAAAUUUGUUACCCAGCGUUUCAUCAUGUAAAAUUUCCCAAAAGCUGCCUUGCGAAUUAUCAUAUUUAGAGCUUCCAGCAGUCUUUAUUUGAUAAGAACAAACUGAUAAUCAUAUUAUUGAUGGUGCAGGGUGGUGGUGGGGUGUAAGGCUGUCUUUAGAUGCAUUUGAAUGCAUGUAUGUGUUGUAUAUAUCUUAUUUAUUUUGAUUAAAUAAAUUAAGAUGUUUUCUGAA